GUGCUGGGAGCUGCCGGCGUGUGAGGAGCGGUGCGGAGCGGAGCAAUCGCGACCAUGCUGCGUCGCCAGGCCCGGGAGCGCCGGGAGUACCUGCAGCGCCGGGCCAAAGAGCAGCAGCAGCAGCGGCAGCGGGAACGCAGGGAGAGCCUGAAGCGGGCGCUGGACGAGAAUCGGCUGCUGCCCACGGAGCUGCGGCGCGAGGCGCUGGCCCUGCAGAAGGAGCUCGAGUUCGACUUCCAGGCACCAGGGGAGACAGGUGACAGCCAGGAUGAUGAGUACAGGUGGGCGGGGCUGGAGCCCCCCAAGGUGAUGGUGACAACAUCACGUGACCCCAGCGCCCGCCUGCGGCUCUUUGCCAAGGAGCUGUGCCUGCUGCUGCCCGGGGCUCGCCGCAUGAACCGGGGCCGUGCAGAGCUGGGCGCUCUGGUGGCGGCGUGCCGGGCCGCGGGCGUCACCGACCUGCUGGUGCUGCACGAGACCCGCGGGCGGCCCGACGGGCUGACCGUGUCCCACCUGCCCCACGGCCCCACUGCCCACUUCACCCUGAGCGGGGCCGUGCUGCGCCAGGAGGUCGGGGGGCUCGGGGGGGCCCCGCUGGCCGCCCCCCACCUGCUGCUGCUGCGCCUGGAUUCCACGCUGGGAAAAAGGGUCGGGACCAUCCUGAAGCACCUGUUCCCCGUCCCCCGUCCCGACAGCCGCCGCGUGGUGACCUUCGCCAACGAGGAUGACGUCAUUUUAGUGCGGAACCAUGUGUACCGGCGCCGGGGGCGGACGGUGGAGCUGGAGGAGGUGGGACCCCGAUUCCAGCUGAGGCCCUACCUGAUCCGCCUGGGGACCCUGGAGCAGGGGGACGCGGCCGACGUGGAGUGGCGCUGGCACCCGUACACGGCCACGGCCCCCAAGCGCCGCCUGCUCAGCGCCACCUGAGCCCCCCAGGACCCCCCCAGGUGGGACCCACCUGCACAUCUGAGACCACCUCGGCAGCUGAGACCCCUCUGGACUGGCCCAGGCACGGCUGGGUUUCUCACAAUCGGUUUUUAUUUGUGAUAAUAAAUCGUUUUUGUCUA